AUGCAGGGGAUGAUAUCACCGACCCCUUCGCCAGGGUGGCGGGACAUGGUCGAUUACUACCUGCCUACAGACCUAACACGCACCACAACAGUCACAAAACAGUUUCUAGAGGACGUGGAGUAUCGUACAGACGCACCCAGCCUCACACCCGCCGAGUUUAUAGCCAUUUUGGCCGUAAUGGCCCCAGCCGCCCAUCUCGCGAAGGAAGCCUCCACUUCCGCAGUAACGAGAUCAUGUAUCUGGAAGUUCGAACAAUGCAUUCAACGGCUGACGGACCAAAACAAGAUUCAUUUCCAGACCAGGCUUGCUGACCUAAGGCUGUGGGCUGACAGCGUCGGGGCCCUCGCUUCCAACGAGACCUCUCUGGAUUCGAGAUUUCAGCACCGGCCGCAUGAUAUUCGCUUUAUCCAAGGACUUCUUUCAAUGUUGCAAUUUUUCUUGGAUGACUACCUCACCUCGAUAAGCGGCGACUUCGAUGUCCAAAUUUUCAUCGCCGAUGUUGAUAGGACUAUGGACAAUUUGGGUUCGGUAGGAGUUCACAUUCGGCGAAGUGGGCGUAUAUCUCGACUUCGAAGCGCAGACACUUCGUUCGACCAAAACUGGCCCCAUAUUCGCAGACUCAGGGCACAUCUCGCUUGCGUCAUCACGUUCAAGCCCACUGAAACGGGCAGACAACUGCAAGGUGAAGAGGGCGCAAUUCACAGUAUCGGUUAUUUUGAAUCUCGCAAGCUCUCGCCAAUUCAGGAACGUCUCGUUGAGGCAAACCUGAGACGGUUCCACAGGUUUUUUGAAGCUCGGCGACACUCUGGUUGGCUACAGGAUCCUUCCGCGAUGGCUUCCCGAGACGUAAUUCCGCCAAAGUUCGUCUGCAUGGCAGCAACUCGCACAGAACAGGACACUAGUCCUAUGAAGAUCAAUGCUGUAGCCGCAGCUAUGAAUCAAGAAGAACAGCAUGGGCUCAGGCCUGACGAGGAACCAUCUACGAUACCCGCGACGUCGGUUACAGGGCUAGAUUCCCAAUGGGGGGGUCUCCAGCGUAAAGAUAAGCCCGGAUCGACAGCUACACGUAUCACGGCCACCAUGGCGUCUGCAAGAUACCCAACGGCACAAACUUCACAGAAAUCGGAUCAAAAGUUGCUCAAAUGUCCGUGUUGCUGUCAAGCCAUUCCAGCGUCGGAACUGGAAGACGUUCAGUGGCGAGUGCGUGGAGAGACCAUUUCAUACACGACCACCCACCUCAAUGGCAAUGCACCUACUGUGAAGUCGACCCGCCCCCCAUCUACAAAUCUCUUUCCGGAUUCAUAA